CAAUCUCCUAACUAUUAGAAUGCGUGAAAAUAUGCCUUGCCAGUUAGAUGAUGAGACUUUGGUUUAAAGCUGUUAACCGAUACCUUACUUAAAUGCCUAAAAGGCAGGUCGUGUCAGUGAUGGCUAUUCCAUGCAACUUGUGUCCAUCAAUAAGUAGCUGUAACCAGCUUAUUGCUACAAUGUAAUAUAGGCCAAUUAGGUUCUAAUUCCUGAAAGCCGAAACUGCAACAUGGAAUCUGCACUUUGCCACCGCCAUGGCCACCUGCCCGGUCUAACCCUGCGCAUCCCAAAUUUUCCUGUUAAUGGCGCCUCAAGGGUAAUAACCAGGCCUCACCUCAGCUUUAGCCCUACAUCCCUUUCACUUAGUAACACUAACCUGUGCAUCUACCGCCGGCUCGGGCAUGCAUUCAGUCCCAUAGUUUGUGCCAUGAAUAGGAACCCAACACCUUGGAGGAAUGAUGAGAGUGACAACAAAGUUGUGCGAGCUGGGACCGUGGGGGCCGCGUCUCUGAUGUUGGCUUGUGCUCUUGGUAUCAUCAGUUGCAGCUGUAUGAAGAGCCCUAAAGCCAUGGCAAUUUGCAACAAUCAGAAGAAACGUGAAGUGGUUUGCAUUAGCCGUGCUAUCUACCCAGAGGGCGGUGAAGCCCUGAAAUACUUGUCGGAUAUGAUCAGUGUCUAUUCAAGUCAAAAGAAGCCCGCCGCUAAUUUCAAGCUGAAAGGUGAUAAAAAAAUUUCAAGGGAGCAGGCUGCUGUCCUUAAGAAGGAGGCAAUGUGGAUGGUGAAAUCUGGAAAGGAUAAUGACGCAGUGAGACUACUGAAAAAUACAUUAACGGAGUGCGUUGGUGAAGAGUCUAAAUUUUAUGUGGAGAUGGCAUUGGUUGAAGUUCUCAUCUGUCUGGGAAGAUGGGAAGAAGCCUUACAAUACAAUUGUAUCUGCGGUCAAAGUGAGAAUAAAAUUGCAGAUUUUCGAGUUCCUCUUUACUCGGCUCUCAUAAAUACGAUGUUGGAUAACAAGGAUUCCGCGCAGAAAUGCUGGGAAGAAUUCACAGUAGCCGUCGGAAGCGAGGGCCCGCCGUCAUGAUCGACCCGAGCCCUGGCCUUCCCAAUUUACUCACCACAUUUUCCACUAGUACUGCAAACUGGGGGGAGCUUGAAAAACUUUUCGGAUUCAUGAUCAUUCCUUCCAUUUUUAAUUUAUUUGAAUUAUAUAUGCCUGCCUUUGUAAUUUUCCUAAAUUUGUAGACGUCCAUGACCAUAGAGCAUAGAGGAAGCUAGCAUAUGUAGCUGAACUCUAUGCCUCAUUGAUUCUUUCUUUACAUUUUACCCCCCUCAGAAAAUAUAAUAGGUUUUCAAGA